AUGGUAUCUCAUAUCACUUGUUCGAAACUAAACGCGAAUGAGACGGCGUUAUGCGGCGGUUUAGCAGGCCUUAUCACAAGGUUUGUCAUUUCACCAUUUGACGUUGUAAAGAUCAGACUUCAGGUUCAAUCUGAGCCCUAUUCACUAAAAUGGAUUAUCCGCCAUCCUUAUCAUCAUCAUCAUCAUCAUCAUCAUCAUUAUCAACAUCCUCUUGUACGAAGAAAUCCGGCACCUAAAUAUUCCGGCAUCAUUCAACCCUUUAAAGUCAUUAUUAAAGAAGAAGGAUUUAAGGCUUUAUUCAAAGGAAAUGUAUCAGCAGAAUGGCUCUAUGUAACUUACGGAGCAGCACAAUUCUAUGCCUAUCAUCAUUUAGACACUUAUUUAAGAAAGCAAAACCUAUUGAAUUCAACGCUACAACCUUUUAUCUCGGGUAUGUUGGCUGGUAGUUUUGCUACCGCAGUGACAUAUCCCUUUGAUCUAUUAAGAACUCGAUUUGCAAUACAAGGAAAAGAUAAGGUAGUUUACAAUGGUCUUUCGCAUGCUGUGUCGGAUAUAUAUCAGAAUGAAGGUAUGCGCGGAUUUUAUAGAGGCUUGGGUUCUUCCAUCGUACAAAUUAUGCCUUAUAUGGGCCUCAUGUUUUUCAGCUAUGAAAGUUUAUGUUCCAUGGCAGGCGCAUUACAGGAGAAAAACAUCAUGUCAAACGACCAUAAACGAGUGACAGACAUGCUAUGUGGAUCCAUAGCAGGCAUUGUCAGUAAAACAGGUGUCUUUCCUAUUGAUGUCGUUAGAAAAAGAUUACAAGUACAGGGCCCUCAUCUCUCUGAAUACGCCGUCUCGUCCAUUCCCAACUAUGCACAUCAGAAAAGUAUCUUUCGAUGUCUCAACAAAAUUGUGCAAACAGAAGGUUUCCUCGGUUUAUAUAAGGGCAUCGUUCCUGGUUUACUGAAAGCAGGUCCCUCAGGAGCAGUGUAUUUCCUCAUGUUUGAGUUAGCAAAAGAUGCUAUGACAACUAUAAAAGAUUCUGAAUUUCAUCUUGAACCUGUGACAAACCUGUUGAAGCUGUAA